AUGCAAGCGGACGAUGUUCGAUAUUUAAAAAGGAAAGUGAAAGGUGGAAGUUUAGACGUCCAUCCAACAGAAAAAGCACUAGUCGUACAGUAUGAGGUGGAGGCAACCAUAUUGGGAGGUCUGGGAGACCCUAUGCUGGGAGAACGCAAAGAGUGUCAGAAAAUCAUCCGUCUCAAAAGCCUUAAUUCCAACACGGAUAUUGCCUCAUUAGCACGGAAAGUAGUGGAAGAAUGCAAGCUUAUCCAUCCAUCCAAACUGCCUGAGGUGGAACAAGCUUUGUUCUACCUGCAGAACCGCAAAUCUCCCGGUGAGAAGAAAGAGAAACGACCGGUCAAGCCAAAAGAUCUCAGCCCUUUCGAGGGGAUGGAGUUGGAUGAGGAGGCAAACAUUAACAGUGUAGAUGACUAUGUGGAGCUGCUUUAUGAGGACAUUCCAGAGAAGAUCAGAGGAGCCACGCUUAUAUUGCAUCUGGCCCGGAACCCUGACAACCUGGAGGAGCUGAUCCAGAACGAGACUGCCCUGGGAGCCCUGGCCAGAGUCCUGAGAGAGGACUGGAAACAGAGCGUGGACUUGGCCACGACCAUCAUCUAUGUCUUCUUCUGUUUCUCCAGCUUCUCUCAGUUUCAUGGCCUGAUCACUCACUAUAAGAUUGGAGCUCUGUGUAUGAGCAUCAUCGAACACGAGCUGAAGAGAUACGAUCUGUGGCAGGAAGAACUGCAGAAGAAAAAAAAGGCUGCUGAUGAAGAUCCAGAAAACCAGACUGUGAGGAAGGAAUAUGAGAAAUCUCUGAAGAAGUAUCAAGGUCUGCUGACCAAACAAGAGCAGCUGCUGAGAGUUGCUCUCUUCCUGCUGUUGAACCUGUCUGAGGACAUGAGAACGGAGCUGAAAAUGAGGAAUAAGAACAUCGUUCACCUUCUGGUCAAAACGCUAGACAGAGACAACGAGGAACUGCUGGUGCUGGUCGUGACCUUCCUAAAAAAACUCAGCAUCUUCAUGGAGAAUAAAAACGACAUGGCCGAGACAGACGCAGUGGAGAAGCUGGCCAAACUCAUACCGUCUGAUCACGAGGAUCUGCUCAAUGUCACGCUGCGUCUCCUCCUCAACCUCUCCUUUGACACUGGCCUCCGCAGCAAGAUGGUGCAGAUGGGCCUUCUGCCCAAGCUCACUGCCCUGCUAGGAGAUGAAGCCCAGAGACAGGUUGCCAUGUGCAUUCUGUAUCACAUCAGUAUGGAUGACCGGUUUAAGUCCAUGUUUGCCUACACAGACUGCAUUCCUCAGGUGAUGAAGAUGCUGUUCGACUGUGGUGAGGAGAGAAUAGACCCUGAGCUCAUCUCCUUCUGCAUCAAUCUUGCGGCCAACAAGAGGAACGCCCAAAUGAUGUGUGAAGGUAACGGGCUAAAAAUGCUGAUGAAGAGAGCACUGAAGCUGAAGGAUCCUCUGAUGAUGAAGAUGAUCAGGAACAUCUCUCAGCAUGAUGGACCAUCCAAAAAAUUAUUCCUUAACUACGUGGGAGACCUGGCAGCUCAGAUAGGACAGGACGAGAAAGAGGAGUUUGUAAUCGAGUGCCUGGGCACCCUGGCCAAUCUGACCAUUCAGGAUCUGGACUGGGAGAUGGUUCUCAGAGAGUACAACCUGGUGCCCUACCUCAAAGACCAUCUCAAACCUGGCUGUGCAGAAGAAGACCUCAUCCUGGAGGUGGUGAUUUUGAUUGGCACCGUCUCUAUGGAUGACUCCUGUGCCGCUAUGCUGGCCAAGUCAGGCAUCAUUCCUGCACUCAUAGAACUACUGAAUGCGCAACAAGAGGAUGAUGAGUUUGUGUGUCAGAUCGUCUACGUGUUCUACCAGAUGGUUUUUCACCAGGCCACCAGAGAUGUCAUCAUUAAAGAGACGCAAGCUCCUGCUUACCUCAUAGACCUGAUGCACGACAAGAACGCCGAAAUCCGCAAAGUGUGUGAUAACACGCUUGACAUCAUCGCUGAGUACGAUCUAGAGUGGGGGAAGAAGAUUCAGAGUGAGAAAUUCCGCUGGCAUAACUCCCAGUGGCUUGAGAUGGUGGAGAACCGGCAGAUGGAUGAGGCGGAACCCUAUCUGUAUGAAGACGAUGGAGAACCCUUCCUCCACAACGGAGACAUUCUGGAACACCCUGACCUCUUCUACAGCGCAGAUGGGAUCAUUCCAGCAGAUGGGGCCAUCAGCCCUGACUUCUUCACAGACUUCCAGAACGGUGACAUGGUGGGACAGCAGAGUUACACCAGCAGCGUAAUGACGGAUGGGUUCGGACAGGCCAGCGGAGCUCUGGUGCGGCCCGCCACGGCGAUCGGCUUCCGGCCCGACGAACAGCUCUACUUCACCUACUCAGCAUCGCGGUAG